UUUCCCAACCCCCAAAAUUGGGAUUGCCAAAAUCACACUAAACAAAGAACCCUACUUUUUACCUUCAUUCUUCCAAUCUGUCUGUCACCACAUGUAAUCAUCAUCGUGUAUAUAUACCCACAUUGUCUCAUUCACUUCUCCCAUCUGUCAACAAAUAUUCUCAUUCAGAUCCCCCAUAUAACCCCAAACUGUACAUAACCCAAAUUCUUUCAUACAUUUAUGCAGCAGCAGAUUGCUGUUUAAUCGGAAGACACCCAUUACAAUGGCGCCACCGCAUUGCGUUUUGGUCACCGGUGGUGCCGGUUAUAUUGGCAGUCACACCGUGCUGCAACUGCUGUUAGCCGGUUACAAGACGGUUGUCAUUGAUAAUCUUGAUAAUUCUUCACGGGUUGCUGUUAAUCGAGUUCAAGAACUUGCUGCUCAUCAUGCUGUUAACUUAAUUUUUCAUAAGAUAGACAUCAGGGACAAGCCCGAGUUAGAGAAGCUUUUUGCCUCCACAAAGUUUGACGCGGUUAUACAUUUUGCUGGAUUGAAGGCUGUUGGUGAAAGUGUGCAGAAGCCAUUGAAGUACUACGAUAACAAUGUUGUCGGUACUUUAACUCUGUUGGAAGUUAUGGAAGCUCAUGGAUGCAAAAAGAUUGUGUUUUCAUCGUCAGCUACUGUUUAUGGUUGGCCAAAAGAGGUACCGUGCACAGAAGACUUCCCGUUAUCUGCAGCCAACCCAUAUGGACGAACCAAGCUCAUGAUUGAGGAUAUUUUUCGUGAUAUAUAUGCUUCGGAUUCCGAAUGGAAAAUGAUAAUGUUACGGUAUUUCAACCCAGUGGGGGCACAUCCAAGUGGAUAUAUCGGUGAAGAUCCUCUCGGAACCCCAAAUAAUCUUAUGCCGUUUGUCCAGCAAGUAGCUGUCGGCAGGCUACCUGCUCUCAAAAUAUUCGGAACCGAUUAUGCAACCAAAGAUGGAACCGGGGUACGCGAUUACAUUCAUGUUUCGGAUUUAGCUAACGGGCAUCUGGCUGCGUUGAGAAAACUCUCGGAUCCUGAUAUAGGUUGUGAGGUCUACAACUUAGGAACUGGUCGAGGAACAUCUGUUUUGGAGAUGGUGGCAGCCUUUGAAAAGGUCUCGGGAAAGGAAAUUCCUAUAGUGAUAGCUGGACGCAGGCCUGGUGAUGCUGAGGCCGUGUAUGCUUCAACCGCCAAAGCCGAGCGUGAGUUGAACUGGAAGGCAGAGAACGGGAUUGAGGAGAUGUGCAGGGACCAGUGGAACUGGGCCAGCAAGAACCCAUACGGUUACCAGAGCAAAUAACCCGGUGUACCAAAGAGCAGGGGGGCGGUUGUGGAAUGUUUACAAAGUCAAAGUCAAAGUGAAAUUGUUCUAAGUAGGGAAUAGAAUUAUACAAGUGAUGUUUACUACCUGGUUUCUAUAGUUGACACUUUUUGUCAUCUUGAUAGAAGUUUAGGUAGGCUAAUGACCAUAAAUAAACAAAGUGAUAAAAGAUAGUCAUAUUCUUUCCUAACUGUCAUUUUACUUUUUAUAUAUAGUUCACUUUCUUGUACAUCACAUUUGAGAUAUGGUGUUUGUGCAGCUAUUGAACAGGCAUAUUUACAUAUAUAACAUGAUUCCUUUGUUCUA